GGUGUCUUUCCUGACUUUUGCAAAUCAAACACACAAUGGCGAAGAAAAGGCAAUUCUCUAGUGAUAGCUUUUUUCAGUAUGAAGGGCUGAGCGAGGAGUUAAGUCCAACAGACAGUCCUGGAUCUGUAUUUCUUAGUUCAGAAGCUGAAAAUGGUGUGGAAGAGAAAAAGAAGGUUGGCAAGUUAUCAAUACUACAGAUGCCAGUAUCUCCAGAGACAGAAUCACUGGACCAGAAAAAAAUCACUUGCUUAAGGUCAAAGACCAGUAGUGAUGUCUUCUCCUUAAUAAGUGACUGUAGGAGUGAUUCUAAAACAGACAACAAAAAUGAUUCUAAAACUGAAAGGAAAAAAUCAAAUUCUACAAGUCAGUACAAGGCAAACAAGCACUUUCACAAGUUAUUUCUUGAAGUCCCAAGUGCGGAAUCACUGAUACAAAGUUUUACUUGUGCUCUGCAGAAGGAAAUACUGUACCAAGGAAAACUGUUUGUAUCAGAAAACUGGAUUUGUUUCUGUUCCAAAGUCUUUGGCAAAGACACCAAGAUCUCUAUUCCAGCACUCUCAGUAACUCUAAUAAAGAAAACCAAAACUGCCCUGUUGGUGCCAAAUGCUCUGAUUAUUUCAACAGACACAGAAAGGCACAUAUUCGUUUCCUUGCUCUCCAGAGAUACAACCUACAAGUUAAUAAAAUCAGUAUGCAGCCACCUAGAAAAUACAAGUGUGGGCAACAGCCCCAGUCCUUCAUCUCCUGAAAACAGUUUCCGGGCUGAACGUCCUUCAUCUUUGCCUCUGGAUUCCAAUGAUGAGUUGUCAGAUUUAGAUGGCAUGGUACAGCAAAACAAACAAGGAAGGAAGGAAUUUAGCAGCUCUGGAUCUCAGACUCCUGAAUCUGAAAAUUCUCAAGAUUUUCAUGUGAUGGAGUCCCAGACAGUUCUGAAAGUCAUUAAGGGAGAAACAAAAUCAGUUCAUACAGAAUCUCAUGUGAAUUGUGUGCCCAAAGGAAAAGCCAAGAGCCUUCCAGGAUACACAGGUCAGUCAGGAGCCUUUGGAUUCUUCCAUAAAUUAAGAUCCCAGAAAUGUCUGACACUCCGCCACAUUCUCAUAUUCUAUGCAGUUGUUGUCUGUGCACUUAUUUUUUCUACCUUCUACAUGAGACACAGAAUCAAUGCUUUGGAGGAGCGACUUAGAUCAAUAACCUCUAUGGUUGAUUCUCAUGAAUACAAAACAAUUUACAAAGGCUACUGGAGAAUGGUGACUGACUUACCUGGUUGCUUGGGGCCAAGUUUUCAAAAGCAAGUUCAAUAUUUGUGGAGAGCACUCUGCUGGACAGAGACACUGAUUAAUUGAAAUCCAAAGUCACUUUUGCACUUUAUGGUUACUGUCUAAGGAAAAUAGGAAGUGAUUUGAUUAUUGUGCAAUAAAUAUUAACAUUGACUCUAAGGGUGUUUUCACUGCUACUUCAUGGAGAGAAUGGAUCUCAUUUCCUUGGAUAUAGCAAAGGAGACUGUUCCAUAUAACUGUGCCUUCAGGUUUGGAUGACUGAGGUACAACAGUGACUAUAACAUCAGCAAACAUAUUCCAUUCUGUUGGAUGACUGAGGUACAACAAUGACUGUAACAUCAGCAAACAUGUUCCACUCUGUUUUACGUCUUCCUUUCUACACUUUCUUUAUCCCUUAAAACUCUUCACCUUCAACUUUAAAAUUAGGCAGUAAAUUUAGGGUUGUCCAAAAAUAAAAGAAGCAACCUCAUAAAAAAUAAAUAAAUAUAUAAGUGAUGAAUUCCCAUAUCUAGAAGUAUUCAAAUACAGACUAGAUCCAUGAGUUAGAUAGGGAUUGGAAGAGAUUACUUCUAAAGUUUCUUUCAUUGCUAAUACUCUCUUAUCCUUUUUAAAGUGCCUAAUAGAUGCCCAAAUAAAUUAACUAAGGUAGUUUUUUAAAGCCUACAUGUAAAUGACACAGAAUGCACAAAAUAAACUCUUAACUUUUUUCUCCUGUUUCUCUAUCCUCUUUUAAAUAAACCGUGAAUUUUAAUUUCUCAAUAGAGGGUCAGUAUUAAUAAUAGACAACAUAGAUUUAAGUACUCAGUUGACUUUUUCUUUUCUUGUAGGUAAUGUCUAUUUCUAAGUGAUUUUUCCCUAAAGAAAGUAUGGGACUGGAGCCCUAAAUUAAAACUCACCUUGAGAAUCUAAUUUUUAAAACAAAAAAGCAUAACAAUGAUUUUUGCACAGAAUAUAAAUAUUGAAGGUAAUUUUGGGAUUCAAUACAGAAAUCCAUUUCAACAGAUAAUAAUGGACUUUUCUUUUUUGUCAUGUGAAAUUAAGAAAUCGCUAUAUCUUCUAUUUACUAAGUUGUCAUUAUGUACUAUAAGAUCUGUAAGUACAAAAUAUUCUAUUUGUAAAACACAUUUUAUAAUCAUUUCUAUGAAAUGUAUUUUAUUAUUAAAUCAAAUAAACUAAUAAAAUAA